AUGCCUAAAAACAAACCAAAAAUAUCCUGCGAAGCGCUCAAAGAAAGAAAAAUGAAGCGUACACGCGAAGGAAGCUCACAAACAGACGAGGAUGUCUUCGAGGACGACAGCCAUGACUGCCCAAAAUGCAAGUCAACAAAUACUCGUCUGGCUGAAAUUGAUGAGAAGCUUGAAAGACUAUUAAAGUUAACAGACGAAUUUGAAACCUUCAAGAGCCGAGUUAAAUCCGUCGAAGAUGAACAGAAAAGCAUGCAAGAAAGCCUCGGAAUUGCUGAACAACAGAAGACAGGGAACAGGCAGUCACCUAGAAAUUUUUAGCCGUCCUCAAAUAAUAGAAAAUUCUAGGCAGUAUUUGCUUCUCCGAACAGAUAUUUUACAGAAAACAGUCGUUGGGUGCCCCUGAGAAGACCACUGAAGCUUCACUUCAACGCGUCCAACGUGAACUCGCCAAAUUGCAGCGCAGUCAUAUUAAAUUAGAGUGUCACAGCCCCAGAGGUAAUUUGAAAUUCUGUGGAAUAAAAGAACGCGAGCAUGAAUCGAACGAAGACACAAAAGAUUUAUUGAGAAAAUUUUUACCUACCGACUUAAAGAUCCCUAAAAAGGACGAGGAAAGUAUUCAGUUCGAUACAGUGCACAGGGUAUCAGCUCGUCGAGUAUCUUCUGGCACUACGAAUUCCAAGCCACGACCGAUUAUUGUCAAGCUUUCCAGCUUCCACGACGAAGAGUUUGUUCAAUCAUUCAUCAAAAACCUCACGAAAGGCCGCAAUCUUGGAAUUUCCGACGACUUUCCAAAGGAAGUAGAAGAAAUGAGGAAAAAGCGGUACCCAGUAUUAAAAGCCGCCAAGCAAGAAAAGCGUACUGCAUGUUUCAAGGUAGAAAGGCUAAUUAUAGAUGGGUCGCUUUACCGCGGCCCAGAGACAAUUGCUUUCCCUCUCUACGGACAUUUAAUGGACUUAUAA